AUGAAACUGCUGCACGUGGGGGAUGCGGAGGCUGGGUCUUUUGGUCUCAGUGCUGAAACCGAUUCCUGUGUCGCCCACAGCAGGCGGAGACUGCGGGUGCUGGAUUGGAGGGACGUACACCGGGACUUCUGGACCUCACGGCCCGGGACCGUGAGAGUUGCCCACUCGGGGGAUGCCAGCAGCGAGGAAACGGGCGAGCGGGGGCCGAGGAAGAAGAAGCCGAGCCUGACGGUACUCGCGCAGCUCCAUUUUGAAUCCUGUAGUACCUAUGCCAACCACGAUGCGUUGCAGGUGUGUCUCUUGAAGUGGGUCCGGAAGAGAAGAGCCGCGGUACACCUGCUCUCUGAGAAGGUGACGAUCACUUCCUGUGCUGUCUUUCACGUGGUGAAGCUGCUGCGUGCUGUGCAGCUGGACUCUAUCCGGGAGGUGCAUGUGCUCAGCGACUGGACUCGCGAAAGCAUGCGAGCCUUCGUUCCUCAGCUCAAGAAGAUGAAGAACCUUCACACAUUUCGCUUCGGCAGCAUGGACCCAGACAAAUAUUAUUCACCCUCGAAAAACAAAUGGCAUUCCCGCAUCUAUGCUUAUCACUUAGGCCAGAUGCAAAGUCUCCGGGAGCUUCACAUAGAUAAGGUCUUCUUCUUGGAAGGAAAACUGCACAAGAUCUUCAGGUGAGUGGGUGGCGAGCUCGGCUGCACAUUCGAGGUGCGGGUAGGGUAGAGAGGAAGAGGGCGUCUGUGUGCCCCGCGGCUGGUAGCCUGGGAGGUAGCGGGAAGUGGCUGCACAGCACCGUCUGGACCCGCAGUGAGGUCUGCCGCGUCCCAUAGGGACCCGUGAAGGCAGGGACCAACGUGGAACAGGAGAUCCGCACCCGGCCCCACUCUCAGAAAGGCAGCGGGGUGGGAGCCGGCGGCGGGAGGAGGGCAGCCGCGAUUUCUUUGUCUUGAAGGAGCGUGUCUAGGUUACGGUGCUGCUGGAAGAGGUAGGAGAGAGCAGUUAACUAAGGGUGCACAGAGGACGGCACUCAGCAGCUCCGGUGGGGCGCGGUCCCGUUUCUCUCUGCCCACCUUUCAGAAAGGCGGCCGGGUGCUCCUCCGAAGCUGGCGGCGCCAAAAUAGGAUGCCCGAACCCUGCAAGGUAAAAAGGAGCCAAGUUUGAUUUGAGGUCACAGCUCAGAGAUUCGGGUCCGUGGUUGGCCGGCUUCGGAACACCGCAGGGGCAGCAAGGACAGUUCCACUGCAGGAUAGGCAGAAAGCAGCAAGCCGGCCUCCCUCCUUUCCCUUCAGCUUCCUCGCGGGCUACGGUUAGUUCCGUUGCUUGUUACCAUCCGCACCCAGCAGAGGGGAAAGAGCCGAGUGUUUCCGUCCCGAUCGAUUGCAUGGCCUUCGGCCACGCUAAACCAACCCUCGGACCAGCCCGGAUGCCACACCGCGAUCUAGCCGUUUUCCCAAAGGCCCGCCGCUGAGUGCGUUAGCUUUGGGGGGGCAGCCCAUUCCUAAACCAUAGCGAUGCCCCUGGGAGGUGCGGGAGUCUGGGCCUCGCGGGGGAGCAACACACACUUUGCCGAGGACACGGACCCAGCUGCAUCAAGAGUGGCCGGUCUUGCCUGGCUUCAUCCUUCCUGCAUGUCACCCCCUGGCCUCACCUGGACAGAGCUGUGGUUUUCUGCUUGGGGAUGAGCACAGGGCACUGUGGGAAAUGGGGACUGAGUCGGUGACACCAGUGAUGGUACCUUGAACUGUUACUGACUUCCAUUCACCGCAUCUGCUCCCUCCC